AUGGCUAAUACAAGUUUUAUGACUAGAAACGAGAAUCAUGAUGAUGCAUCAAGUAGUAACAUGAUCAAGACUUGUGACAACAGUAAUGCAGCACCAUGGUCAGAUCUUAACCAUGAUGCGCUUUUUAUAGUUAUGAUGCAACUUGGAGUUGUUGAUUUUCUUGCAUUCAGCAGAGUUUGCAAGUCAUGGAGGUCAGUCUCACUCUCUAACAAGAAAAGGUUUAUGGCAUCCAAACCACCCAUGUUAAUGCGUAUCUCUACUCGUGGUAAUGAGAAAGAGUACUGCUUGGAGGACUUUGGAGGAAGAAAAUUCAAAUCCAUAAUUCCCCAUUCUAAAAGAAGGAUCUAUGUUGGAUUAAUUUGUGGUUACUUGAUCUUGUAUGGGUGGGCAACCAGGGACUUCUGGCUUGUGAAUCCUAUCACAGGACAUGAACUUCAUUUCCCUCGUGUCCCCGCAUAUAUCUAUAGCGGUGAAUCAAGAGUUAGUGCUAUCCUUGUCUUUUCAUCUUCAACAUCUAAAUGUGUGUUUUUUAUCUCAAAGAGAUGCACUUGUCAAAUAUGGUUUUCUUUAGCGCGUGAAGGAACAUGGAAUCAUGUGUCUUCCAUUUCCAACAUCUUUGAUAUACAUGCUUUCAAGGGGAAGAUAUAUACCUUACACUCUAUUGAUCAUUAUUCAUGGGAAGUAGGACAUUUAUGUGAAAUGAGACUCAAUCCAGAGCCCAAACUGACGUUACUCGAAGCCAAGGAUUUUCUGAAGCAACACUUCUUGAAACCGAAGUUUGUAAGUUUGGGUGAAAAUCUGACUCUGAUGGAAACCUAUUUCAGAGAUUCUUACAAUGUUCAUGAAGUGGAUUUAGGCAAAAUGAAAUGGGUGCCGUUUGAAGAGACAAGAGAUGAAUAUGAAUUUUUUAAUAUCGACACCGGGCCUAUUCCUGCUAUUAUACGGGAGUCAUUGGUUGACCCUCAGUCAUGA